AUGCCUCCCAAGCGUCGGUCUAAGCGCCCGGGUCUCCUUUCUAGUACUCGGCCGCCAACAGUCAAAUCCAAGCAUGCAACAUUAUCAGCCAAGGCUACCAGAACUCUUAUUCGCUCUCAUCACCAGCUUAUGAAGGCGCGAAGCCAGGCAGAGAAUGCAGGAGAUGAUGCUCUGGUGAGCAGUAUUAAUGCCCAAAUAGAAGCCAAUGGUGGCUUGGAGAGCUAUCAAAUUGCUAGCAAGAUAGGCCAGUCAGGAGAAAGAGGUGGCGAUUCUAGCAAAACUCUCGUAGACUGGAUCAAACCCGAGCUCAAUCAAUGGGAAACAACUCUUCCUAAACUGCGAGUACUUGAAGUUGGGGCUUUAAGUACGAAGAAUGUUUGCUCUAGAACACCUUCCUUAGAGGUGUCUCGCAUCGACCUAAACUCUCAAGAACCAGGUAUCCUGAAACAAGAUUUCAUGGAACGCCCAUUGCCUUCUACAGAGGAAGAAAGAUUUCAUAUCAUCAGUCUCUCAUUGGUGCUUAACUAUGUACCGGAUCCCGUGGGCCGCGGCGAUAUGCUCAAACGCUGUGUACAAUUCCUGACUUCCAACUGUCCCAUCUCCCUUCCUCCAACUCUCUUUCUUGUCCUUCCAGUGGCCUGCGUGGAUAAUUCACGCUAUCUUACAGAAGAAAGACUUCUCGCCAUCUUGGCCAGUUUGGGCUUCCAUCUCGUACAGAGCAGGCGGACUUCGAAGCUGAUCUAUCAAUUAUGGAACUAUACGGGUGCCUCUUCCCCCCAGACUUUCAAGAAGGAAAUGCUCCACCCUGGCCACAAGAGAAAUAACUUCGCCAUCAUCAUGGGCGACAGCUGA